AUUCCAUUGCAAAGAGAACCCAUAUUUGCAUGAACAAUGAUGGCAUAUUUCAGGUAAUUUCAUGGCAUUAUGUUCAAUUAUAUCAUAUAAUGAUCUAUAAAUGUACACUAAAAGCAGAUACCUCAUAAAUAAACUGUCAUUUGCCCUAUAAAGACACCAGUCCACCAAAAUUUAGGUAGUAGAAGGUAGGUAGUUUCUGUUGAAAACAGUGGCCGCCUGAGUAGCACACACUCUGCUUAGUCUCAUUCUUUAUGAAAUUAAGCCGAUUCUCCUAAAGUCAAUUUAGCGUGUCGUUAGAUUGCACGAAAACUUGAAAGCAGUUCAUUUCUAAUAAUUGCUUUAAGGGUUUUUUGGCGCAAUUUCUCCUAUUGUCUGUUUGAAGAAACAGGAAGUCUGCCCAAGACUUUUAAUUGAAGGAAAAACCCUGAACUGAGAACAUAGAGUUGGGGUCAGUUCAAUUUCAGUUUAGCCUAGUCGACUCUGGAGAUGAAUUGAUUAAAAACUAAUCGUAGAGCAUUUAUGGGCAAUUGGGCAUUUUUCAGCUCAUUAAUUUUAUUUCAGUUAAUUUCCUGAACCGCAGUGAAAGUGACCGAACUAAUACUGCGGUGACACCAGAAAUCCCCUUUUCCUCAUCGCUGAUUAGCCCGGACUGCAUGCGGUUCAGCGUCGUGCUCCAUGUCCGGUGCUUGAAUAAAAUACUCUUGGGAAAAGUUUUUCCUGUAUUUUUAUGCCGAGUCAUGCAGUGGAGGGAGGGAAGUGGUCUCAUGAGGAAGAGUGUUUCUUCAGCUGCACUGCCGUAAUGGUGUUGAGCGUUGCAUCGAAACAGUCAGCUUCUGAAUAAGUAAGCCGUGCAUCAAAAUUAAAUAUUUAUCCAUAAGAUACGUAGUGGAAUUGAAAAAAAGGAUUUAUCUUUGAAAAUAAUGUAUGAAAGAGUGGAAAGGGGGGUGGGAGGAUAUCAAAAGUAUUGCAUUUUUUGAGGCAGAUAUUUUAUCAUGACUGUAGAUAAUGCUUUGCUUUUAGGGUGCCCACUUCAUCCUGCAUGCAAAAAAACAGCACAAAAUAAAUAAAAACAUGGGCUACAGGGCCUUGCUAUUCAGCCUCUCUUGAAUUACAUAUGGUGUGUUGUAGCCAAUUUGAUGUGUGCUACAUGUUGUAUGUUGUGUAAAUGUUGCUGUAGUUACUCCACCUGUGCACUAGAGGGCAUAGGCAGGUAAUCACAGUGGUCACGUGCAUAGGGGAGUCACAGGUGAACAGGAAGCGGGGAAUUUUGAACUUGGGAAGCCACACAGUUUUUCAACCCUGUGUGUGCAUCUGUGCUGUUUGUCCUGUCGUAUUGUUAGUAUUUUACGUUUUGUUUUAUAUUUACGAGCUAGUUCGGUUAUCAUUCAUUCAGUGCACCCGGCUUUUGUAAGUAUUUUUGAAUCUGCAUGUAAAUAAAUCGUCAAACGCAUAUGCCAUGGCAGACCUCAUUUUUUGCACCACUAUACGCUGGAAACGCCUUCAAAUUCCAUCGCUAUGUUUGUUGUUCGAUUGCCACUACAUGGUGUGCACAAAAGGGAAUGGCUCAGGCUGGAGACUUAUGUGUAAAAGAAGAAGAAUGUCAACCGCUACUAUAAAAUAUGGAAUGUGUUCUUGACGAGAUUACCCAGCUGCCCUGCUGGAGAUGGCGCUGGCUGGACAAGCUACGGCCGGACAUGUUCGACUGAGCUGGCAGUCCCAAGGGCCUCACCCCAAACCCCACGCCAUGGCAGAGUCCGUCGGCACCCCCAAAUACCUGCCUUCCGAUGGAGAGGACAACUGCGGCAUUAGCCAAUCGAAAGACGAGGAGUCUUUACCCCCUGAGGAGCCGAACAAGAAACUGAAGGUGGACCACAUCCAUGGCGGCACGGAAAGCCUCCACAAUGUAGACUUCUGGUUUUGCGAGGAGUGCAAGGAGUACUUCAUAGAGGAGUGCCCGAGUCACGGCCCCCCCGUCUUCGUGCCGGACACCCCCGUGCCCCUGGGGGUGCCGAACCGCGCCACCCUGACCGCCCCCUCGGGGAUCGAGGUCAUCCAGGAAGGGGGGGAGGUGGACGUGUGCUGCGUGGACAAGGACAUCCCCAAGGGGGCGCUGUUCGGCCCGUAUCAGGGGGAGGUGGUCUCUCAGGACAAGUCCUCCGGAUUCUUCUCCUGGAUGAUCAUCGAUGAAAACAACACGUACAAAUCCAUCGAUGGCAGCGAUGAAACGAAGGCUAACUGGAUGAGGUACGUGCGCACCUCGGCGGACGACGGCGAGCGGAACCUGACGGCCUUUCAGCACGGCGAGCACAUCUACUUCCGGGUGUGCCGGGACCUGGCGGCGGGCGAGAGGCUGCGCGUGUGGUACAGCGACGACUACAUGGGCCGGCUGCACAGCAUGUCCCAGGACAGCAUCGACUGCAAUCUGGCCGCAGUGCCGACAGCCGUUGAAAAAUCAGAGGCUGUUCACCAGCAUCAUGAGGAGACCAAAGGGCCGGUGCUGAGGUCGACGCUUCAUGGAAGGAGGGGCCUCAGCAAGCAAGCCAACGACGAAGCGGACUGUCAACCGCAGGCCAAGAAGAAGAAGAUUGACCUCAUCUUCAAAGACGUUCUGGAAGCUUCUUUGGGGUCCUCCAAGGGCAUGGACAGUGCCAUCCCGCUGAGGCAGACCCGAGGCCAGCAGGUCACCUCCCUGUUCAACCACCCCAAAAUGGCCCCGCUCCACAUAGGCUCCGCGUACUCCAUCCAGCAGGAGUGCAAACCCGUUGUCGCGGCUCCUGGCUCCACCCCCUCGGACCGGGAAGAGGCGGAGCCUGACGCGAGGUGCGUGAAGACGGAAGAACACUCUGCCCUGGCCGUCGAGAGCCCCUCGACCUCCUUUUGCCCCAACUGCGUCAAGCUGAAACGGAGGAUCCGCGAGCUGGAGGCGGAGCUGGAACGCCUGAGGGCGGGGCCACCACUGGAUUCACAGAGCCAGGCCCCGCCCCUGCCAGACCCUCUCCCAUUUGAAGAUCUGCGAGUGACAGAGGCCAUGACUCCUGUCACGGUGGUGCUGGACGAGGACGACCAGGACAUGGACUCCGCGGAUGAGUCCAUCGCCGCCGACCUGAUGGUCGCCGCCGACGACGCCUCCAAGCUGUCCUCCGGGCCGGGCCGCCGGAUCCGCCGCUUCAAGCAGGAGUGGCUGAAGAAGUUCUGGUUCCUGCGCUACUCGCCCACCCUCAACGAGAUGUGGUGCCACGUGUGCCGGCAGUACACCGUCCAGUCCUCCCGCACCUCCGCCUUCAUCGUGGGCUCCAAGCAGUUCAAGAUCCACACCAUCAAGCUGCACAGCCAGAGCAACCUGCACAAGAAGUGCCUGCAGCUCUACAAGCUGCGCAUGCACCCGGAGAAGACGGAGGAGAUGUGCCGCAACAUGACGCUGCUCUUCAACGCCGCCUACCACCUGGCGCUGGAGGGCCGGCCCUUCUCCGACCUGCGGCCGCUGGCCGAGCUGCUCAAGAAGUGCGAGCUCAAGGUGGUGGACCAGUACCUGAACGAGGGCGACUGCCAGAUCCUCAUCCACCACAUCGCCCGGGCGCUGAAGGAGGACCUGGCCGAGAGGAUCCGCCUCUCGCCCUACCUCAGCAUCAUCAUGGACGGCCAGAACGACGACCUGCUGGCCGACACGGUGGCCGUCUACGUGCAGUUCGUCACCAGCGACGGGCCGCCCGCCACCGAGUUCCUCUCCCUCCAGGGACUGAGCUGCGCCACGGCGGACGGGUACCUCCAGGCCGUCGACCGGGCCUUCGCCAUCCUGGGCCUCAGGCUGCAGGACGUGCUGGUGGUGGGCCUGGGCGUGGACGGGUCCAACAUCUCCGCCGGCUUGAGGGCCAACCUGUACAUCGCCAUGAGGAAGACCCUGCCCUGGGUGCUGUGCCUGCCGGUCAUGAUCCACCGACCUCACCUGGAGGUGCUGGACGCCAUCAGCGGGAAGGAGCUGUCCUGCCUGGAGGACCUGGAGAACAACCUGAAGCAGCUGCUCAGCUUCUACCGCUACUUCCCGCGCAUGAUGGCGGAGCUGAAGGCCACCGCCCCCACGCUGUCGGAGGAGACGGAGUUCCUGGGCGACAUCCGAGCGGUGCGCUGGAUCAUCGGCGAGCCCAACGUCCUGAACGCCCUGAUCAAGGACUACCUGGAGGUGGUGGCCCACCUGAAGGAGAUCAGCAGCCAGACGCAGAGGGCCGACGCGGCCGCCAUCGCCCUGGCCCUCCUGCAGUUCCUCCUGGACUACCAGUCCGUCAAGCUCAUCUACUUCCUGCUGGACAUCAUCGCCGUCCUCUCGCGCCUGGCUUUCGUCUUCCAGGGGGACUACCUCCUGGUCUCCCAGGUGGACUUCAAGAUCGAGGAGGCCAUCCGGGAGAUCGGGCAGCUGGUGGACUCCCCCGGCGAGUACCUGCAGGAGUUCGAGGAGAGCUUCCGCGAGAGCUUCAACGGCGUGGACCUGAAGAACCUGCGGGUGGCCGAGUCCAAGUUCCAGUCCAUCCGCGAGAAGAUCUGCCAGAAGAGCCAGGGCAUCCUGGCCCAGCGCUUCGACGCCCGCAGCCGCACGGUGGUCAAGGCCAGCCGCGUGCUGGACCUCGCCACCUGGCCGCGCAGCGAGGACGACCUGCGGGCCUACGGCGAGGAGGAGAUCCUGCUGAUCUUCGACCACCUGGAGGCCGUGCCCCCGGCGGGCCGGGAGGCCGGCCGCGGCGAGCGGGGGGACCCCCGCGGCAGCCUGGUGGCGGAGUGGCGGGACCUGAAAGCCGACUACUACAGCAUGAGCGGCUUCAAGGAGGCGGUCGGCCACAUAUGCCGCUACAGGCAGCGCUUCCCCCUGCUCAACCGCAUCGUGCAGAUCCUGCGGGUGCUGCCCACCUCGGCCGCCUGCUGCGACAAGGGCCGGGUCUCCCUGCAGAAGGUGCGCAAGAACAACCGGGCCCGCCUCACCCUGGAGCAGCUCAACGACCUGCUCACCCUGGCCGUCAACGGGCCGCCCAUGGCCAGCUUCGACGGGAAGAGGCCCCUGGACAGCUGGUUCGAGGAGAAGUCCGGGAACAGCUUCUCGCUCUCGGCGGAGAUGCUGAGCAGGAUGUCCGCCACGGACCAGAAGGCUGUGCUGCACGGCCUGGACGUGAGCACGGAGUUCUGCGACUAGCGAGCCCUCGGCCGACCCUAUUCCAAAAAAAAAAAGCCAUCCCGGAGGGAGGGGGAGGAGUGAUCAGAGCCGUCACGUGAUUGGCCAAACCAACUGAUGGUGGCACUGCUGCUAAGAUGGACUGAUCAGUUUCUUUCUUUUUUUGAUGUAUGAGAACUGGGUUAGCAGAAUUGUACAUUAGCUUGUAUUAUGUGCUGCACUAUGGACAUAUAUGUGUAUAACUUAAUAUGUAUAUACAUAUCUGUAUGUAUGCAUGUGUGUACAAUGCAAAAAUAUAUUCAUACGAAUAUAGAUAAUCACAAAAACACUGCAAAAUGUCACAUAAAGCCACUUAUGUUUCUUUAGAUAGACUAAUGAGGGUAUUUUUAUAAUGGCAGCAUUUCCAAGACAGACUUUAAAAGUUAAAACUUUUUUGUAUGAAAAGAAGUUAUUUCCUAUUAAAUAGCCUAUUUAAAUAGCCUAUUUAAUAUCUUCAUAUCUUAUAAUCUAGGCCAAUUGUGUGAUUAAGUGAAGUUAAGCAAAUGGUCUUGGCAUUUCAUUGUACUUCAUUGCCACUGCUUCUUUGAUAAGAAUGAGAAAUUAAAAAUCCUGCCAAUAAGAUUGAGGGCUCUAUCUUACAAUCAGCGCAACACGGUGGUGACCCGAACGCAAAUGUCUUCGCCAGUUUCAGAACGAUGCCGUCGUCAUUUUCCCGUCCAGUGCCACUUUAAAUUGUUGAAUUUAAUCAAAUAGUUUCCUCAGAAAAGCUCUGGGCUCUGCACAAUGGGAGCAGCCACAGGGUGAACAUAGAAAAAUUACAUUACAAAAUGCUUGCGUGUGAUUGGCUGGAAGACUGGCAGUGUGAAACAAGGAUCACAAAGAAGUAAAUGGGUUUUUGGGGAUCGGAGUCAAUUAGGUGAUGAGACGGAUGGGUUUAAAAUGCGCGUAUCAUAUUUGAUGCAUGAAUUGUUAUAGGGUUAAAUAGCUAAUUUAGCUCUAUAUUUAGGGCGGGUUGGUCUUAAAAUGAGGUGUGGUCAUGGUAAUGGUUAGCGUAUUGCUAUUUUGUUGCAGCUAAAAUUAUUUGCAAUAUGAGCAACAAAACCCUGGUCUUAAAUCAUUGCAGUUUCAUUGUUAUUUUAAGGGUGCAAUAUUAAUAUAGAAUCACGCACCUAUUUGGGCAGGUGCUUUAGGUCGCGCGCUAAGAUUGUUAAAAUAGAGCCCUUAGUCAUUUGAGUUUGAGAACAGUCCGUGCAGGAGAAGACUUUUACAGUUUGUCGCAGUUGCAAACCUCAUUGUGCGUAAUUGUAAAAUGUAUAGCACUUCACUUUUCAUUGCCUUGAUGAAUUUCCAUAGUCAUGGCCAAUUGUGGUCUAAUUUUGCCACUUUUUUGUAAUGAUAACUGUGGGUUUUGUAUGAGAAGAGAUGCAUUGCUGAAAUUGCACUUUGCUUAGAGGGCUGUAGCAAACCAAACUCAGUCACAGAAAGCAAUUAGGGAAUGCCACGAGCGUGUUGUGCCGAUGAGGUCGAUUCGUCUGCGCAACCGGCAGGCUGAUUGGCUGACUCUGGUAAGAGGCGAACGCUGCCAGCCAUUCAGGGACAAGCUCCUCAGUUCCUGUUCUGUCCUCGCCAAGGGUCAACAAGUGAAACAACCCAGCACACUUUCCUGGUGGUCUCGUUGCAGUGAUACUAGGCAUUAUGUGUGUAUGACUGUUUUCAGUCUUUAGUUUUUGUAUUCACAUAUAUCAUGUUGAAAGCCAUAUGAGGUUGUGCCACCAAAUGUUCUGCUAUCAGUUCCCAUUGUUCAUUCUGGUAGUGUUGAUACAGGCGACUUGUGAAUUGUGACUUUGUUUUUUUAAAGCAUGUACCUGCUGUUGUUAUUUCACUUUCGUAAUGGUCUUUAAAAACUCCAAGAAUUAAAAUAUUUUAUUUUGAUACGAGAAAUUAAUAUCAUUUCAAAUUCAUUCGAGAUAAUGUUACUGAGGCCAGUUUUAUAUGCUUGAGCUUGGUACAAAUGAGCUAAAAGUAAGUCACCUAACCAAUAAAAAAAUGCCUUAAUAAUGUACAUGAAUAUGAAUAAUAUAUUGCACAUUUGGUUUGUGCAGUUUUGCACAUGCAAUCACUUUAAGGUAUUGAAUAAGCUUACAAUAUUAAGCUCCUUGCAUAUUAAACUCGUUGGAAGGUUUUAUUGAUUGAAAUAAUCCCAAUAGAAUGCAUUUGCUGUUUGAUCUGAAGUUUAAAGUGAUGCUCUUUCCAAAGAUGACUAUUUUGACAUCUCAGCAGUUUGAAUAAACCUGAACAACAAAUCAUAUGUCAUAUAAAUAUAAAUACUUGUUUCUAAUCGAACAAAAAUGGGAACAUUCAGAAACAGAAAUAACUUUUAGGCACAUCAAUACUGGUAGGGGCUCAGUUCUUAAUAUUGUAAACCACCAUGGUGGGUGACGGACAUCUCAUUUGACAAAAAUAACUAAAUGUUUGUAAAUUCAUAUCAGAGGUUUUUUUGUUUCAUUUUUUUUUCUUUGUGCUUUAUUGAGUCAUGGAGUUUUCUUUGGUUUCUUUGGUCGCAGACUUGUCUGGUAAAUGUGUGAACAGACUUGUCUGGUAAAUGUGUGAACAGACUUGUCUGGUAAAUGUGUGAACAGAACUGCUGCUGCACUGCUUCAAGCCUACUUGCCAAAUUGUGGUUUCCAAGGUGACUGGAAAUUGGAAUGUGUCUGUCAAAGGUGAAUAAUGUAAUCAAAUGAUUUUUUUUUUAAAUGUCAUUUUUAAUCGCUUAAUAUGAUAAGCUGAGUGAACGGAUCUGAAAUGUAUAAAUCCUUUUGUUUAUAAAUGUCAAUGCAGUACAGGAAGGUUUUUUUUGGAGAAUGCUGGGGUUUGUGGGAUCGCCAAGAAACGUUUCUACGUAUGUGCCAAGUGACUAAGUCCACUUCAUGCUAAAGCAGUGGAUGGAAGCUGCUGGACUUGCAGGUGUACACCUGUACUCUCUAUGUCCAAGAGAGAGAACUUCAGCUUGCACACAUAUAUACAUGCUUUACUUGCCUUUAGAGAUUUUACUGAAAGGCCUUUUAUACUAGAACAAGUGUCUGCAUGGGAGGUUUAAUGUUGGCUUACAUUUCUAAUGUUGGCUGAUCAUUGAUGCUACGUAAUGAAAACACAGUCCAGUUGCUGCUCAAACGCACCCCCGUUCCUACGCCCCCUCCCCCCCCUCCCCUCCCCUCCAAUUCGUUCUUUUAUGAAAUUAAGUUCACUUUAUGUCUCGUGCCAGAGGACUGACUUGGUCCUCUGCUUUUUUUUAGAAUCGACUCCACCCUUCCAGUAGGCUGUCGUGUUUGUGUGUCAGAGAUGGGAACUGAAACUGAAAAUUGCUUCCCUUUUUUAUAUGAAUGUUGAUUGUGGAAAAAGGAAUCCUAACAUUUAUGAAACAAGACCUGAUAACAGUUUACCUCUUGCGUCACUCUUUGAACUGUCCGUGUGCUUUGGCGGCAAAAAAUAUUUUUAGCCGGAUUCUAAAAUGACCCCUUUUGCAGCAGUGAAAUGUGAUUGAGCUCAAUAAUUUUCCCCGUUUUUUAUUUUUUAUUUCAAAUGGCAGUAGCUCUUAGAAAUAACCUUCUUCUCAUCCGGGUUUUUGUAUUUUUUUAAAAAGAGGGAUUUCUCCCCAAAAUUCUCCCCCAAAUGCGGAGUCACAAAUUGUGCCUCUCAGAGAGGGUGAUGCGAGGGAAGUGCCUGCCCUGCUCUGGGACCACCCCCCCCCAUGCAAACCGAGGACCGUUGUACCCACAGAGCUGGCCGCUGCACUGUGCAGUCAUUUAGGGUCGCGACCAUCCCUGGGGCCCGCAAUUCAGCUGCUAAGCGGCGGGGGCGAUUCAUGCUGGAGCACUUCAGAGCCACCGAUAGCCUAGAGCUGGUGCUGUGUCCACACUGCAGACCACCACAAUACUGGAGCAAUGCUACUGGCGUCACUGUCUGCAGGUCCUUGUGGUUUUCCUGUCAGUCGGAAGCCAGUUUAGGCCUUCGAGAACAAUGCGUGUGACUUAAUUUAGGCAUGUAAGUGCUGAAACAUGCCAAAACCCAGCAGCCUUUGCGGUCCUCCAGGUUAAGAGUUUGAGAUUCCUCUAGGCUAGCCUAGUUUAUAUGAUCCGGUCUGCGAUUGUGGUGAGAGCCUAUACUAAUUGAAGCCCCUAAGAAAAGGAGAAAGGUGAACAGGCCUGGCCUCAUUUGAUAUUUUAUUCAGAUGGGUAGAAAGCAGAGAGGGUAACAGACAGAGAGGGGAAUACAGCUGAGAAGGUGCUAUGUUCGGGAUUAAAUAGUGCUCCCCCUAGGAGCCCGGAGGACAAAGAUCUGAGGCAAUAUUGAAUGGGACUGGGAAAUUUGCAGCGAAGGACAGACACCAUAUUAAGAAGAAAAACAAAUUCAGUGCUGGUAAAUAGCUACGAGGGGUUGCUGCUAAAUAAAUGGCUUUGUCAAGCAAAGGAAUACCCCAACAAAUCUGAAUCGUUGUGAACUGCGACAAUGUUUUUAGUGCUAAUUUGCUUUAAUUGCCCUAGAAAUACAGUACUUGCACACAGUAAUUAACAAUGUAAUUUGGAAACCCUUAUGAACCUGUUAUGAACAAAUGCUUUUAUCUAUCUACCCUCUUCAUUUAACCAGAAACAAUAAUUGCCAAAGCUAGAAAAUGCCACUUAAAAAAGCGCUAUGCUAUUUGUGUCCUCGGUUUUGCAUUAUAGUAUUAAAUAUAUAUCAAUAUAUUGUUUAAAUCACAAAAAGACAUUGCGGACUUGAGACUUUUAAGCAAACAUUGGGUACUUGUAUUGUUGACUUGUUUUGUACAAUGUUAGUGCCUGAAGUCCACAUUUAUAAUGUUGAGUUUCAAGCAUUAAAGCAAUGAAGCUGUCUCGUAAUUUUAAAAUCUUUGGUAAUAAUCAUGGACAUUGCACUUUGAAAGUUAUAUGCUUAUUUUCUAUGCUUUUUUAUUAUUUUGUACAAGAACAAAUGGCUAGUGAAACUAGUAUUACCACAGACUGAUGUGCUAACAGAGACGGUCAUCUCUGUAUUCCCAAUAUUGAAAGAUCUCUGCGCUGUUGCUGGAUCUCAGAGAAUGCUGAUUUUCUCGUUGUGAAUUUUCACAAAGGGGUGUGGCUUACCACAACACCCAUAGGUAGCCUAGCAACACAGACAGUCCUGGAACCUCCUGUUAGAAACCAGAACCUCCAUCGGCACAACGGUAUGGAAGUAGGAUGAACUGAACACGGAAGCUGACCGUCUGAGUUCCACAUAGAACACGUGGUAUUACCUCACAGUGAGGUCCGUUUUAGGAGCAACACAGCUACAGCUUUUAUUUUUCUUUACUGGUUUCCCCACCACCCCCUCCCCUCUUUACAAACACAACUUUGCUUACUCAAGGGUUUGAUAAAGAAAAGUGGCGGUCACCCUGAACAGCAUACAUGCAGUGGACGGUCUUUAUUGGGGAGCUAUGCCUUCUGUGUUGAUAUGACAAAAGGAACUGAUUAUUUCACAACCUCUUUUCAAUGACUUAAUCUCAGCUGCACUUGUACGAAGAGAAUGUUGCAUUUAUCAUUGGAAUGCAAAUGUAUGCUUUCUGUUGCACCUCUGUCAGACGUUUUUUGGCAUUGUAUCUGUAUCGUAAAAAAAAAAAAAGGUGAGCCAUUGGUGUGUAGUGUUCUUUUUCACUCUAAUGGCCGUAUAAUUGCUGGUGUGCAUUCAUUUUGUUUUUAUCCUGUUUUUUUUUAUAUGAUUAUUGAAAACCAGCAUGCUGAUGUUCAUAAAAUGAGCCAAAACCGUUUCAGAACGAAAACUGACGGUGUUUAACGUUCUCUCACCUCCAACUUGAAUUCCGCUAUGAAAUUGUGUUUUCUGUUCUUUCUGAAUUUAGAAAAUGCGUGCUGUGCCACAGUACUCACCCUGACAUGGAGGUCUAUCUGUCUUAUAACAGGCUACAGUUAAAAAAUAUAUAUAUUUACUUAAUUAUGCUUAUAAUUAUGCUUAUAUACUUAUAUGUUGACAAAUGACAGUAAGCAGUUAAUUUUAAAUUACUGGGUACUUUUCUUUGAGGGAGUGGGGGAUGGGGCAUCCUAGAACAAAAUAAUCACUUGAUGGUGGAUUGAUUUCUGUACGAGAUAUUCACUCAUCUGCACUCCUAUUACAUCUGUGUGUUUCUGUGGGGAAGUGGGAGAAUGAUUAUGAACAACUUAAAUAUUUACUUGGAUUUUAGUUCAACAGUACCUGUUUGAAACGUACAAAAACAUUUAACACUGGAGAUAUAUAAAUCAAUAUAUAUAUAUAUUAUAUGCACACAAGAUACAUAGACUGACUCAAAAUUACAGUGUUAUAUUCUGUCAAACAAAUGAUUGUUUAAUAAAAACUUGAUACACUUUGUA